ACGCAUGUGUGUCUGUUGUUGUUAUUAUUAAUUUGUCGAAUGGUAAAGAAGAAAAUAAAAUAAGUGUGUGGUUUCCGAAAAGACCAUGGCCAAAACAAAGAAGCCACCAUCAGUUGAGGGACGGUUUGCAAACAACAGCAGUACAGAUCUGCACAGUCUAAUUAAAUUUGAUUUCAGUAAAUCUCACCGUCAUCGCAAAGAAAAACGCAAAGAAAAAAGACAGCUGAAAAAAAUCAGACGACUUGCAUUCUGCCAGAAGAAGCCUAUUCCAACUCAAGAAGACCUAGACAAAGCUAAACGGAAAGCAAUUUCUGAGGCUAAGAAAAAAGGUAAAAUAAGGCGCAGUAACCUCAAGAAACGGGCAAAGAGGAAGAUGAAAAAAGUUGAACUAAGAAAGGAAGUUGAAAUGAAGAGAGAACAGAACCAGCUGGUAAUACAGAAAGAAGACCGGGAACUACACCAUCUUGAGAAACAACUCAAACUGAAAACAUCUACAAACACACUGCCCAAGGCUUUCAUCAGUGACGGACUCGACUAUCUUUUAGAUGCUGUUGAUGCUGAUAAAUUGAGCGUUGCUAGGGAGCAAAACUUUGGAGAAACCAUGUUGGAAUCUGACGAGGAAGAUACGACUGUUCCUCCUAUGGACAGUGAAGAGGAAGAAUCUGAUGUGGAAGACUCUGAUAUGGAUGAGGUGGAUGAAAGUGAUCUGGAGAUGGAUGCAGAGACUCGUAAAAACACCGAGAUAAACACACAAACUAAGCGUACUAAAUCUCUUUUAAAACGUGAACGCAAAACAGAAACUGAAACAGAGGUGAAAAAAGUAAAAUUCCAAAAGGAAGAUCAUGGUAGCAGUAGUGAGGCAGAUGGUGAUUCUGAAGAUGAUGAUGACAUUGAUGAUGAUGAUGAUAAUGGUAAUAGUGAUGAUGAUGGUAAUAGUGAUGAUGAUGGUAAUAGUGAUGGUGAUGAUAAAGAAAAGAAAGUCACUGCUAGUUCAGUUGAUGACAAGUCCAUUGGUACUGACCCCAAGUCAGGACUGUCUGAAGAUAUUUAUGGUCGCCUCCGAGACGAGAAAGGCAAUGUUAUUCCCGUUUCUAAAGGGAGUGGUCUUUACGUACCUCCGGCCAAAAGACGGCAGUUAACACAAGACACAGAUAAACGGAAACUUAUACUGGAGCGACUGAAAAAGCAAAUGAAGGGCUUGAUAAACAGGGCCAGUGAGUCGAACAUACAGCCAAUCAGCCUGCAGAUAGAGAACAUCUACAUGUGUAACAGCCGAGCGGACGUGAGCGAGACUCUGACGGGGCUCAUCCUGGAGGCGUGUGUAUCGGACUCGCUCGCACCUGACCGACUCACCAUGGAGCUUGUCAUGCUCGUCACUUUGCUGCACAGCAACGUGGGUAAUGAAGUCGGGGCAUAUUUUAUCCAGACGUUAGCUCAGAGGUUUGAGGAGCUGUAUCGACAGCCGCAUUAUGGCGGUGCUAAACAGAUUGACAACGUUGUCAUGCUCUUCAUGGGUCUUUACAACUUUAAGGUCAUUCGAAGUACAUUGCUGUUUGAUAUUCUGAAGAGAUUUGUUGAUGCUUUUCAAGAAAAAGAUAUUGAGCUGAUUCUUCUUGUUUUAAAAAGUGCUGGCUUCACUCUGAGAAAAGAUGACCCCGCUGCCUUGAAGGCCACAAUUAUUGAGAUCCAGAGCAAAGCCAGUUCGGCCGACAUGACGACGUUUGUUGAUCAGUCACGCGUCAAGUUCAUGCUGGACGUGUUGCUGGCCAUUCGCAACAACAACAUGAGGAAGAUUCCGAACUUUGAUCCUGACCAUCUGGAACAUCUGAAAAAACUCACACGAAAUUACAUCAGAGGAAGUGGUUUUGCAGACAAUCAGCUUGAGAUCAGCCUUGAAGAUUUGUUACAAGCGGAACAGAAAGGUCGCUGGUGGCUGGUCGGGUCAGCCUGGGAAGGGCGAGAACACAACACUAAAACAACAGAAACUGGUUCUAAGCCAGCCUCUGGUGCUGUGAGCAAGGCUAGCACGAAGCUGCUUGAGUUGGCGCGCAAGAUGAGGAUGAACACGGACAUGAGAAGGAACAUCUUCUGUGUGAUCAUGACCAGCGAGGAUUUUCUCGACGCUUUUGAAAAGCUUCUUCGUUUAGGAUUGAAACAGAAGCAAGAAAGGGAGAUAAUUCACGUGAUUCAGGACUGUUGUCUCCAGGAAAAAACAUUCAACCCAUUCUAUGCGGUCCUCGCACACAAAUUCUGUGAACAUGACCACAGGUUUCAGAUUACCUUCCAGUUCAGUUUGUGGGAUAAGUUGAAGGAAAUGGGAAAUCUCUCCGAACACAACCGAGAAAAUCUGGCCAAGCUCGUUAGUUACCUCAUCGUCAACAAGGGAAUCUCUUUGUCAGUGUUGAAGGUCAUCGAGUUUGGAACUCUUGGCAAACCUAUGGUGCAGUUUCUCAAACAUCUGCUCCGAGAUAUUCUCAACAACCCAGACGAUGUGGUGGAGGCAGCGUUUCUCCGAAUCGCAUCCCUUGACAAACUGCGCCACCUACAGGACGGCUUGAAACUGUUCAUGCAGCACUUCCUGGUGAGACAGAGACAAAGGGCAGACAACCCACAAGACUGUGAACUGAGAGAGAGAGUGAAACUGGCCGAGAAGGCAGUCAGUGCAGGACAAACAAAACUACUGUUGUGACGAGGGUUUACGAGUGAACCACGAACAGGUGGUGCCAUCUACAUGGCAUUCUUCCAAACUGUACUGCAGGAUGUAAAAAUGAGGGCAAAUGGUUGAGAUGAUGAUCAUACACAUGCAAAACGUUGGGACGAGACGUAGCCCAGUGGUAAUGCGCUCACUUGAUGCGCGGUCAGUGUGGGAUCGAUCCCCAUCGGUGGGCCCAUUGGGCAAUUUCUCGUUCCAGCCAGUGCACUAUGACUGGUAUGUCAAA